AUGCGCUUACCAAAGUACGACUUAGGGAUUGGGGCCGUCUCUUACCAGGCCACCGCCAUGGGCGAGCCUCCUCCAGCAUGCCCGUGGAGUUUUCUUCAGCCAUUCUCUGACACGAGAUCUCCUUCUUCUACGUCUGAACAGAGAAUUCACAAGGCAAAGACCUUUGCAUCCAUUGUUGCAGGUUCAGAGGAAACCCAAGUUCCUAUCAGCCAACUACCAGCGCCAACAAUUCGUGGAGACACGGUUUAUGUGAAGAUCAAUGAGAGGAUCUAUCAAGAACAAUCAGCAGCCUGCCGAAAUAAUUUGAUCGGUCGAUUGCUACUCCGUAAGGGCACUAUUCCAUUGAAAACUGAAACUCUCAAGGCUUCUCUGCAUACUCUUUGGCGUCCGUUGGGUCCGUGGCGUCUGGUCCCCAUUGGCAAAAGGUAUUUUGACAUUCACUUCAACUCUGAAGCAGAUAUGCGCAAAGUUUGGGGCGGUGGGACUUGCACUCUCGAAUCUGGAAUUUUUCGUCUGUCUCAAUGGAAACCUGAUUUCAGGCCUGGUGAUGUGCUUCCCCAAACGCAUGCACAAAUCUGGGUACGUAUUUCAGGCCUUAGUCAAGAGUAUUGGCACCAACAACACAUUCUAGAAAUUGCUCGGGGAGUGGGCACCCCGUUGCAAUUGGAUGCGGCAACUAAAAAACAACGAUAUGGAUAUUAUGCUAGAGUGUUGGUGGAUGUUGAUAUGUUGGGUGCUCUUCCUACGUCCAUUAUGGAAAUAAAGUCCAAGGACAUUCCUGCGAAACGUAAAGAGGUUGGUCAAGAAUAUCGUAUAAAGAAUAAAUUACAGGAAACCCAUGUUCAAGAGGCUAGCUUCUCUAACGCACAUGCCAUUAACGAUAUUGACGGUAAUGUUGUUACUUUGAAUGCCAUAGAGCAACCUUUGGCAGGUGAUCAAGCUCUCCAUUCCGGUAAUGAUCAAGUGGCUUCACCUAAUGAGACUUCAAUUCAGGCUCCCAUCCAAAGUGAUGUUGUUGUGGAUCUUGUAAAUACUAUUUUGGAGGAAGCAGCGGCAGAUGUUAUGGAGGAACAAGCUCAAAGGGUAAUGGAGGAGAAUAAUUCUAACCUAGCCUCUAAUGAUGCGUCUGAUGCUUCAGACACAGAUAUUAGUGAUUCACCUACCCGUACUUGGGGGGAUAUUUUUGAGGAGGAGAGGGUUGAAGGUUUGAUCAGAGAGGCUCCUUCUAGUGCUCCACCAAGCCUUGGUCCACCUCCUGGUUUUGUCAAAUCUCAUGUGGCUUCAGAAAUUGCUGCGGUUGCAAGAUUUGUUAAUGGUGAGGAUAUUGAUGGUUUUAUUCCGGCUUCCUUGAAUCUACGACUAAUUUCGGUAAAUGAUAGAGGUACUCUUCUUCCAAAUAUCUGGCUUCUUGGUUCUUUACAUAUCUCUUCUCCUACACUAGUGUUCUCUGCAGAUCAACACAUUACAAUUCAGAUUACUUUGGAAGGCACUCUUACUCAACUAUCUUGUGUCUACGCGGCUACAACUGCACUCAAACGUCGCAAAUUAUGGUCGGAUUUAUUACUUCUUCGUCAACAGACCACCAUUCCUUGGAUGGCAAUAGGAGACUUUAAUGCAGUAUUGGGGGCUCAUGAGGCCAUGAAUGGGGCUUUCUUUACAUGGUCUAAAGGGCGAGGUCGGAAGCACUUGGAACGACGGCUUGAUCGCUCCUUAUGUGAUGAUGGCUGGUUUGAGGCUUGGCCAUUUACCAACUGUAUAGCUCUUCCCCGAGUGGUUUCUGAUCAUAAUGGUUUACUUUUUUCAGCCGGUAAGUUUGUACCAGGGGGUCCUAAACCUUUUCGUUUCCAAUCUAUGUGGCUUCUCCACUCAUCUUUCAAGGAGCUGGUGGCGAAUUGUUGGUCGACCACCAGGCCAGCUGGUUGUCCCAUGUAUGUGACGCUACAAAAAUUAAAGGCCUUGAAGUCAUGCCUUAAGCAAUGGAACAACACGGUAUUUGGGAAUGUUCAUAGAAACUUGGAGUUGGCCCGUGCUAAGUUGACUGCUAUUCAACAAGAUAUUGCUUCUAAUGGUUCUACUGAUAUUAACUUUGAGGCUGAAGUUCUUGCAAAGGCCGAUGUUCUUAAUGCGGUUAAGCAUCAGGAGGCUUUUUGGAGGGACAGAGCUCGUGUAAAAUGGUUUACCGAGGGGAAUAAAUGCUCAAAAUUUUUCCAUGCUUAUGCCCGCAAUAAGGCAAGGCGCUCUUCAAUGCAUUGCUUACAGGUUGGGGGAAAUCUUCUUACUGAUCCACAAGAUAUUGCUAAUCAUGUUGUUGAGUUUUAUAAAUCGUUAUAUGCUUCAGAUGUUGCUCCAAGUGGUGUAGUUGAUUUCUGCAAGGUCAUUCCCUCCUUGGUUUCUGAGGAUGAUAAUUCAGUUUUGGUUUCUAUUCCCACUGCAGAAGAGAUUCGACGUGUUGUUUUCUUUAUGGACCCUUCUAGUUCUCCUGGUCCAGAUGGUUUUCCCGGCUCCUUUUACCAAAGUUGCUGGGAUAUUGUUGGUAAUGAUGUUAUUGGCUUUGUGCAAUUCUUUUUCCAACAAUAUUGGUUAUAUCCAAAUGCGAAUUCUAACUUUAUUGUGUUAAUUCCAAAGACGGAAGGGGCGAAUAUGAUCUCUCAGUUCAGGCUUAUUGCUUUGGCCAAUUUUUUAUUUAAGAUCAUUCCAAAAAUUAUGGCAGAUCGUUUGGGUCCUAUAGCUUCACGUAUUAUUUCAGCUCAUCAGACUGCCUUUCUUAAAGGCAGUCGUAUUGCAGAUUGCAUUGGCCUUGUUUCUGAGGGCUUCAAUCUAUUGGAUAGGAAAAUCUACGGAGAAGAGUAUGGUGCUGCUUCAGGCCAGAUAGUAAAUAAAGAGAAGAGUACUUUUUAUACUGGUGACAACUAUUCUCAUCGGCGUAGGGUUAUCAAACGUUUAUUGGGCUUCAAGUUAGGUACUACUCCACUUACUUAUCUGGGUGUUCCUAUAUUCAAGGGGAAGCCUCGACGUAUACACCUUCAAGCAACUGCUGAUAAGGCUAAAUCUCGUCUUGUUGGCUGGCAAGGCAAGUUGUUGUCCAUGGCGGGGCGUGUUCAGUUGGUUCAUGAUGUAUUUCAGAGUUUGCUAAUUCAUAGUUUCUCUGUGUACUUGUGGCCUUCUUCACUAUUGAAACACUUGUCUACAUGUGCUCGAAACUUUAUUUGGUAUGGAGAUUUAUCAAAAAGAAAACUUGUCAUCGUUUCUUGGCGGCAGGUUUGUGUGCCAAAGAAGGAGGGGGGCCUUGGGCUACGUGAUCUCAAGUCUCUUAACUUGGCAGCUCUGAUAUCUCUUAGUUGGUCUACUCUCACAUCGGGUUCAAUAUGGAGCAGCUAUGCAUCUCAACGGUUUUCUAUUUGCUGCAAUAUGAAAUAUCGGUAUUUUAGGUCCUCGGUUUGGCAUGGUUUAAAGACAGCUCUUCCUUUCAUUUUCCAUAACUCCAAGUGGCUUAUUGGUGAUGGAAAGUUGGUGAAUUUAUGGAUGGACAAGUGGUUGAAUGCCCCCUUAAUUGUAAAAUUACAGGCUCCGAAUUUUCCCAAACGUUUGAUGAGUACGGUGGAAAAUUUUAUUACUAAUCAGCAAUGGACCUUGCCUAAUGAAUUUUCAAUUUCGUUUCCGGUUUUGGCGGCUGAAAUUCUUCAAAUCCCACUAUCAAUUGAACCAGAAAAUGAUGUAUUAAUUUGGGAGCCUUCAAGCUCAGGUUCUUUCUCUUUUUCUGAUGGAUACCAUCUAGUUCGACAAUCAUUUUCAGAAGAUGAGUGGGUUUCUAAGGUUUGGCAUUCUUUCAUUCCACCACGGUUAUCUUUAUUGGCAUGGCGCCUUUCCUAUGAUAAACUACCUACUGAUGUGCAGCUUCAAAAACGAGGUAUCCCAACAGUGUCUGUUUGCCAGCUUUGUACUUUUGGCUAUAUUGAGGAUUCUACUCACUUAUUUGUCACUUGCUCGUUUGCGCAACAUGUUUGGCAAUGGCUAGCAUGCUGUUUUGGGACUUUCUUACUGAUUAGUGGCACUAUUGGUGGGUUAUUUACCUCCAUUAUUGGCAAGUCUUUCUCUCCCCAACUGAAAAAUAUUUGGCUUGCUAGUUGUCUCUAUGCUCUUAUGGCUAUAUGGAAAGCUCGCAAUAAGCUUAGAUUUGAGUACAAGCGCCCUUCCCUCAUGCGAAUUUUCAGCUCUCUCAAGGCUUGGCUUCGCUUUGCUGCUCCUUACAUGCCAGGUUAUUCGAAUGGUUUGGUUAACACUCAGUUGUUGGUUGGGUUGGGUAUUCAGCCUAUUCCUAAAAAUCGAGUAGCGCCACGGUUAGUUCUCUGGCACCCUCCAAUUUUUCCUUGGAUUAAGUUGAAUACUGAUGGUCUUGCAAAGGGUAAUCCAGGACCUGCAGCUUGUGGUGGUGUGUUUCGUGACACCCAUGGUCAUUACAUUAGCGGUUACCGUCAAGGAUUGGGACACAAAUCUGCCUUCUACGCAGAGCUUAUGGGUGUGAUCAUUGGGAUUGAAUAUGCCUUCCAGUAUGGUUGGUGA